UUUGAAAUAAUAUGAUUUCAUUGCAUUAAUUAGUGCCUAGGACGUGUGCAGUUUUUGGGUGCAACAAACGCGGCGAUCGUGACGGGGAAAAAUGGUUCCGCUUCCCCGCGGUGGAUAAGCGUAGCGCCAAGAGAAAAGAGUUGUCCGAAAAGCGCCAAAUUGCAUGGACAAAUGCAUUGAAGCGGAUUGAUUUGGUGCCAGAAAAAUGGCCAUCAACGGUGGUUUGCUCGCAGCAUUUCCUUUCAGGUCAAAGUGCUGAUCUUUUAGAUGAAAUGAAUCCUGAUUGGGUACCGAACCAGAAAUUAGGUUACAAAAAUCGGAUGACAUCUGCUGCUAAGGACAGAUUUGAGUGUUUGACUAGGCGGAGUGAAGUAAAGGAGGCUAUCCGAAAGACGUUGGAAACGAUUCCGGAGGAAGAUUUGCUGACGGCUCCAGGUCCGGUGGACAGAGAAACAGUGCUCGAAGAAGAAAUAAAAAAAUUGCAAUGUGAAAUAGAAAUUAUGAGAGAAAAGCACCACCCAUUUCUAUGCACUAGUUUCGAAGAUUUUAGUCAGAAUGAUGACAAAUGUAAAUAUUUUACAGGACUAAACUACAAUGUUUUUAAGUUUUUAUUUGGGUUUUUAGAACCUUAUUUCCCACAACCGACUGGUUCGUGUAAGAUAACGAAAUUUCAAAUUUUUAUUUUUACUUUAGCUAAGCUUAGGCUAGAUUUAGAUCUGACAUUAAUUGCGUACAUGAGUGGAGUUCACGUUAGUACUGUCUCUAGAUAUUUUCGUAAAUGUAUAUACGUCAUGUUUCAACGAAUGAAAGGGCUUGUCAGUUGGCCGUCUCGUGAAUCGGUACAAAAUUCGAUGCCAGAGUGUUUCAAGCGACAUUUCGGUAAUAAGGUCUCAGUCGUUAUAGAUUGCUUCGAGGUGCUCACUGAGAAGCCCAGUGACGUUUUACAAGCUGCUCAAAUGUGGUCUAAUUAUAAACAUUCACAUACUGUUAAAUACCUAAUCGGAAUCGCUCCUAAUGGAUCCAUUAUAUUCAUAUCAAAUGGAUUUGGUGGCCGAGCAAGUGAUAAAUUUAUCACUGAAAAAUCCGGUAUGUUAAGUAGAAUGCAAAAAGGAGAUUAUAUCAUGGCAGAUAGGGGAUUCCUAAUAAGAAAUCACGUUGAAAGUGCUGGAGUUGAAUUACUGUUACCUGCUUUUACUGUUGGUCAAGAUCAGUUGCACCCUCUUGAUAUUGAAAACACACGGAAAUUAGCAAAUGUUAGGAUUCAUGUAGAGCGAGUGAUUGCGCAGGUUCGGAAUAAGUAUAAGAUACUAUACAAGAACAAGUUUCCAAUAAGCACUCUGAAGAAUACUUCAAACUUUUGUGAAACUUCACUAGUGGAUCAAAUUGUGACAAAUUGUUGUUGUCUAGUUAACCUUUGCCCCUCUGUAGUCCCUGAAGAUUAAUCAUUGUACCGAAAUAAAUUACUACAUUUUAUUGAAUUUUUAUAUACAUUUAUUUGAGUUUAAUACAUACAUAAUACAUUGGCAGUCAAAAUAUUAUUUCGUAAUUUCCCUUUUUUCACAAUCUAUCUUUAAAAUACCCUCCUGUAUAGUAUUGGCCUAAAAGUUCAGGCAUAAUAACCAAUCUGAAGAAACUUUCGGCUUUUAUCAACUCUUUCUUCAAAAAUGUGUCGUCUCGGUCCACUCGCAGUAUGACCAAUUCCUUGUUUGUCCAAACAACAAAGUCGCAAAACUUAACAUUAAGUAUAUACAUCUGCAUUUGCACUUGAUAGAAGUACUGAUGAUUGUGGUUCAUUUUAUAUCCUGUUUCCGUAAUUUGAAUAGGACUAUCUGGCCUAGUCACAUAUUCUUUUAUUGUUUUACCGUCUCGCAGGCAAUGAGGGCACUUGAUUUCCACAGAAACCUCUCCACAACAAUCACAAACGGCGAUUGCAUCCGGUGAUGCUCCGAAAAAUGGUUUUUUCUCAACUAAGUGUAGACCAGAAGAAGAAUAAUGGAAAUUUAAAUGUUCAGCUGCCAUUUUUGAACCAUAUGUCUUUAACGCAUCCUUCUCAUGGGUACAUCCAUAUCUCGUCGCAGGUGUUGAAAAACGAUAAUCUUCGGGAUAGCAAAUUUUUCUAAUUAGGUGCAUUGAAGGAUUAUCAAUCGGCGUUCUUGUGGUUGCUUUAAA